UGGUUGUGUAAUUGUCACGUUCAACUCAGCUUUCUUUAAACCCUCCAUUCAGUCUUUUAUUUGUUCUCGUUUUUUUAGAAAGGUUUGUUUAAAUAUUUAAACUAAAUUUUACCCAUUUUCUUAAAUAAAUUUCGACUACAAUCCUGUUGGUAAAGCUGUCUCAUACAAACAAACAAACACUCCGUUACCUCUCCAAAAUUGUCCAAAAACUAAAGCCAACGAGUCUUUGUAUAAUUUAUACUUAAAACGACAGGAAUGUCUUAUAAUAGAAGAUUAUGGUUUGACGGUUGCCUAGAUUUCUUUCAUUAUGGACACACCAAUGCAAUUCUACAAGCUAAGCAGUUAGGUGAUCAGCUAGUUGUAGGUGUUCAUUCUGAUGAAGAAAUCACACUUAAUAAAGGCCCUCCUGUACAAGACUUAAGCGAAAGAUGUCUCGCAGCGAUUACUUGUAGAUGGGUGAAUGAGGUUGUUCCUUAUGCGCCAUAUGUAUUCGACCUUGCUUGGAUGAGGAAGUACAAUUGCCAAUUCGUGGUACACGGCGAUGAUAUAUCCACUGACGCUGAAGGAAACGAUUGUUAUCGUCAUGCGAAGGCUGCUAAUCAAUACCUUGAAGUCAAGCGUACAGAUGGAAUCAGUACUACAGAACUACUAGACCGACUAUUAACCGCGGCACCAAUAUCAACCUACACUAUAUCUCCAUCAGAUCUUAUGACUUAUGAACCAUUUUUAAGGAAGUUUGCUUCUGCUUCAAACGGAAAAGAUCCGGACGUCAGUAUUUAUAUGCAUACACCUAGUGGCCCUGAAGAAAUCAUUUCAGGCGUUUUCACGAAUAAGAUACGGUUGGUCAAGUCCCCGAUAUAUCUUGACGGCGAUUGGAGUUUAUUCACUGGAAACCAUAUGAAAGCAUUGAAGGCUUGUGCAGAAACAUUCCCGACUUUACCGAUAGUCGUCGGAAUUUUUGCAGAUGACAAAUGCACUGAAAAACCAGUGUUAAACCUUUUAGAGAGGACGCUUAAUCUUCUACAGUGUAAGUAUGUUUCGGCUGUUAUUAUCGAUCCUCCCUCUGUAAAAAAUUGGGAUAUGGUUAAAUUCUUGAAAACGAAGUUUGGAGACCUUAUUGAAAAUGUUUCGUAUCCAAACUUUUUUGUAAAGGAUGAAGAUACUUUUCAAGUCACUCUAGCAGAGAAGCCAACUGAAAGCUUUCAUAUACUGGACAAACGAGGAUCGGAAGCAAUUAAACAGCGAAUUUUGUCAAGAAAGCAGGUAUUUGAAGAUCGCCAACGCAAGAAGCUAAAAAAGAACGUAUUGGAAAAUACCAACAUUCAAGCAAGCAUUACCAGUUGAUUAAUAUAUCUAAUUAACUCUACUCUCUACAAGAUGUCUCAACUUAAUAUUGCAUUAAGCAUGUGACUUCCUCAUCAUUUAAAACGGGAACAUGAGACCCCAAAUUAAAAACUAAAAAAAAAGUAAAAUAAAAUAAAACAUAGGUAUUAUACACUCAUCUUCAUCUUAAUAGGGCCCCAAGGUUCGUAUCCUUCAAUGAUAAAGUCUUCUAUACUGAACUUAUCAAUUUUUCCAAUUUCACUUGC